AUGGACGAGGAUGUUAUAUUCAAGUUAAAAGAUUACGAUUACAAAAGAUAUGGCUUAAAGGCGCUAUUUGGCGCUGAUCUGAAUGAAAUAAGGUCGGGGCCUGGCAAUCCUCUACAGUUUUCAGUGUUUCGAUUAGCUGUUUGUAUUCCAAAACCUUGCACUACACAGGAAGCCAUAUCUGAACUGCUUUUUAAUAUUAGUUCGAUAGGAUUUCAGUAUGAAGAUGACUUUUGCCGCCUGCCAAACGAUAAACCAUGGGUACCUGCAGACUACACCGCUAUAGGAUUAUUUUUCUUCAUCGGUUUCUUAUGUAUCAUGAGCACGUGUUACGAAAUAAAUCACAUUUUCAUUUUAAAAAGCGAUCCAAAAUCAGCAAAUGCACUUUACCGGUCGUUCUCCGUAUACAGUAAUACAAGCCGCCUUUUAAACUUUUCUACUAGGCCAGGUGCCUUGGAGUGUUUGGAUGGUAUAAGAGCCUUAGCAAUGAUAUGGAUUCUAAUAGGACACAGUUUUUCUUCACAAUCGUUCACAUAUAACCCUUUGGAAUCUUUGCGGUGGAUGAUUUCCCUCGAGGCGUUGUGGGUAACAGCUGGACAUAUUGCCGUAGACACGUUUUUCAUGCUAAGUGGUUUGUUGGUGGUAUACACUACUGCAGGAAAAUUAACAUCAGUGGGUCUUCUCAAAAACAUUCACUUUUUCUACCUAAAUCGACUUCUACGUAUGUUCCCUGUAUUGGCUACAACUGCAUUGUUAGAGGCUUCACUUUUUAAUCACGUUUCCGAUGGGCCUGUGUGGGAUACAGUUAUUUCACAAGCGCACAGAUGUAGAACUUUCUGGUGGUCAACUUUAUUGCACAUACAAAACUAUGUUAAUUCCCGGAAUAUUUGUAUUGGAGCAACAUGGUACCUCGCUAUCGACACUCAGCUUCACAUUCUAUCGCCAAUUAUAUUAGUUUGGGUGUUGAGUGGAAAUAAAGGAAUAGCGUGGAUCGCUUUGACUGCAGGAGUUGUAACUUCAAUCACUGCCGCCACAAUUUAUAACUUUAUAAAUGAAUUUCCAACUGGAAUGAUAUCUGCUAUGCAAGGUCCUAAAAUUUUGGACUAUAUAGUCUAUUAUUACAUGAAUACUCUAACAAGAGCACCGCCUUUCUUCGUCGGCAUGAUGUUCGGAUACUUGUUGCACAUUUGGCGUGGGAAGAGACUGGAAAUAGCAACAGCGUUGAAUCUCAUCUUGUGGGCAUUGUCGUUGUCGCUACUUGCAUUGGCCAUGUACUGUAUACAUCCUACAAUGCAGAUAGAUUGGAAUAACCAAACUGUGGACAGCUUAAUCAACUCAUUUAUGAGACCGGCUUGGGCAUUAGGAUUAGGCUGGGUGAUAUUCGCCUGUGUACAUGGAUAUGGAGGUCCCAUUAAUUGGUUUCUAUCACUACGAUUGUGGAAACUUCCUGCACGGCUUUCUUAUGCUAUGUAUAUAUUACACUUUUCCUUGAUGGUCAUCGUGAACUCUAGCUCAAUAGCUCCGAUUUACUUCUCCGUGCCUUAUAUUAUGUUUCUUUUCUGUGCUUACUUUGCCCUUUCGAUGAUUAUUGCCUUAAUAAUCACGAUUUUCAUAGACAUGCCGUUUUCAACCCUGUUUAAAAUGCUCUUAGAUAAAGGUAGGUAA